CUGCCCAAAACUUACAGAAGUAAAGAAAAACAAAAACGAAAACGAAAACCUGAAAAACUACCCUUCAUGGAAGAGAUUAUGUCCCCUACUUCUUCAUCUUCACUUUUGUCUUUUUGUCAAGAACCUCCACAUCCGCUUCCUAUCCAACAACGCCUCCAGUACAUCCUCCAGAACCACCCUGAAUGGUGGCUCUAUGCUAUUUUCUGGCAAGCGUCUAAAGAUGCCAGUGGCCGCCUUGUUUUAUCAUGGGGAGAUGGCAGUUUUCGUGGCUCUAAUAAAGACUUUGCAGCAACAAGACCUAAUAAACACAACCAAUUCAAAUUCGGAUUCCAACUUGAAAGAAAAAGAUCAUCAGUCAAUAAAGAUCAGUUACAAUAUCUUUUUAGUGAGAACGUGGACUUGGAUAGAUUAGGAGAUGUGGAUGUUACUGAGGAUGAUUGGUUCUACACAGUAUCAGUAACGCGAUCAUUUUCAGUCGGAGAUGGAAUUCUUGGCCGCGCGUUUAUUACUCCUUCAGGUUUCAUUUGGUUGAGUGGUGAUCGUGAUCUACAGUUAUAUGAAUGUGAAAGAGUUAAAGAGGCUUCUAUGCAUGGAAUAAAGACUUUGGCUUGUAUCUCGACUUCUUGUGGAGUUGUUGAGUUAGGGUCUUUCAAUACGAUUAAUGAAGAUUGGAGUUUGGUGCAACUCUGCAAAUCCAUUUUCGGAGCCGAUGUUGCCUGUUUGAUCUCCAAACAACCUACUCAUCAGCUUCCAAAUAUUCCAGAAGGAUCGAAUUCUUCCUUUCUUGAUAUUGGAAUUUCAGGUGCUCAUCGUCAAAAGGACACCUCUUCCGAUAAGCAUAAUCAAAAUGAAGGCAACAUGAUGUUAAUAAAGAAAGAUAAUGCUACGGGUCAAUUAGGCCGGUCAUCUUCUGACUCUGGACCUUGUGAUUCCGAUGGUAAGUUUGCUCCUGGAAGUACAGUUGAUCGGUUCAAGAAAAGAGGAAGAAAGCCAAUAAAUGGCAAAGAAUUGCCUCUAAACCAUGUCGAAGCAGAAAGGCAGCGUAGAGAGAGGCUUAAUCACCGGUUCUAUGCGCUCCGAUCUGUAGUUCCUAAUGUGUCCAAGAUGGACAAAGCAUCUCUACUUGAAGAUGCAGUUACUUAUAUUAAGGAUUUAAAAGCCAAAGUUAACGAAUUGGAGACCAAACUACAAGCAGUGCGCAAGAAAUCCAAGAAUGUUACUAAUAUUAAUGCCAACACGAAUAAUUACGUUGUUAUAGGACCAGAAGUAAUGAGUCAUAAUAAAGUUAUGACAAUGGAGGUGGAUGUGAAGAUUGUAGGAUCAGAAGCAAUGAUUCGAGUCCAGUCCCUGGACGUUAAUUAUCCAGCUGCAAGAUUGAUGGAUGCGCUAAGAGAACUAGAGAUUAAAGUUCAUCACGCGAGUGUGUCAAGGAUCAAGGAAAUGGUGCUUCUAGACGUUGUGAUCAGACUUCCUGAUGGACUCACAAAUGAAGAGAUUACGAGAACUGCUAUUCUUCAAAGAAUGUAAAAUUAAUUAAUUAAUAAUUAGCCUACAAAUGUAUCAAGUGUGGGAAAAUCUUCUCCAACUGUAUUAUGCAUAUGCAUAUAUAUCUACCUCAAGACCAAGUUCUUCAUGUAACUGAGGAACAUAAAAUAAUGGUUAUGUGCUUACAUUAAUCAACUGUUUGUUAUUUUGUGCUCCUCUUUAAUCAGCCUGUUGCCUUCCUUCUUA